GCUGCCUAACGGCCGGACGCGGCUUGUUCAAACCGGAGCUGCUGCCGGCUUCCGCUGGCGGCUGCCCGGGGAGGGAGCACCGCUUGUUUCCUCACCGGGCCGGGCGAACUGGACCGGCUAAGACCUUCGUCGGGUCAGCCUCCUUCCUCCUCAGGGCGGCGGCCGAGCGGCUCGGUCACGGCGGCGAUAUGGCAUCCCCAGACCUGGACAGCUUGCGAGUUCACAUCAACGCAAAGAUUUCAUAUGUUAAAAAGAUCCUUCAGUUAAGAAGAACAGUUGAAGAUCCUGGCCUCAAAACCGUGCUCUGUAAAGUUGGCAAGGAGAUAGGUGUCUUGCACAGUCUACUGAAUCAAAUGGAAGUGGAAGUUCAACAGCAGGAAAAACUUAGGGAUCUGCUAAAAGAGCUUCAGAAGUCUGCUGAGAAAGAUCAGCUUGAAGCACAGCUCCUCCAUGAAUACAUUCCCCAUCUGCCUAAAGGAACUAAGAUAUGCAUUGCUAUGCCAACUGAGAAAAAUAAAGAGCAAGAAGUAGCUGUAAAGCCUCAACAACCAAGUAAACCGACAAGAAAGAAGAUACUCAUUAAAAGUAUGGGUUUGAUAACAGCAGAAGAAUUCAAAGGCAUUCCUGCGUAUAUGAGAGGUCGUAUCACCCAUGACCAGAUUAACCACACUGUGAAUGAGAUCAACAAAGCUGUGAAGUCCAAGUACAAGAUCCUAUACCAGCCUUUGAAAUCCAUGAAUCUAGCAACCAGAAACCUCUACCACAGGUUCAAGGAAGAGGAAACAAAGGACACCAAAGGUGAGUUUUUCAUCGUGGAGGCUGACAUCGCAGAGUUCACCGAGCUGAAGAUGGACAAACGCUUCUACAGCAUCCUCAACAUGCUGCGCCACUGCCAGCGGACCAGAGAAAUCCGCGGCUCCAGGCUCGUCCGCUACAUCAUCUGCUAGCCAGCCUCCCACCUCCUGCUUACCCAGGCUGCAGCAGGGUGAAGCAUUGUUGUCAGACACACCACGCUUUUGUGGUCCUACCUGAGGGUCUCCUUUCCUGAGCACCAAGAAGUGUUUUUCAGACUUCUCUCUGAAUUUAGUAGCAGCAAAAUCGAAUGACCUGGAGGCGUUUGUGGUUUGGUUUUGAGGAACUCCUGUCCUUGGGUGAAUGACAAAUGGAAAAUUAGAUUGGAAUUGGUGCAUCUGUGUUCUCAGGAGGUUCUAAUCACAUCUUUAGGUCAGCUCUUGAAAGUUAAAUUCUCCUCCCAGAUAAUAAUGUUCCUCCUUGUGUUUACGAGUCAGAGGCUGUUGAAGGCUCUGGAGCUGUUCAAAGGAAGCAUUUAAUCCCUCAAACCUAUUUCCAGAUUUCAGUUCCUUCAUCUUUUACUUCUUAGCCUAGUUGUAUGGUUUGGAGUUUCCUGUGUGGCUGCAAUAGGAAGAACUGAGGUGCUUAAAACAUUUCCAGACAGAUGAUCUGUAGUUCUGUGAACCAUGUGGUCUUCUGAUUUCACCUUGCAGCCAGAAUUUCCCCUCAGAUCAACUCUUGAAACUGAAACAGCAGAGCAGGAGGGUUUGUUAUGUGAAAAUGUUGGUCAGGUUCUUCACAGCUUUAUAGAGUGUAAUAAAGCAUCACAGCAGAAUUGCUGAGAUGGAUAUCGACUGAGUAGGUAAUCAAACCUGUUCUGAUAAGAAAA